CUUGUCCUCCCGCCAAAGCGAUUGUACGCUCUCCCCUCGCAACUCCGACGCACUGUAUAAAAACCUCAGCCUCUCCAACUGCACUCCACGCCCCCCCGAGGUCGAGGUCGAAGUCGUCGCACCGUCGCGGAGUGGAUUGCCGCGCUCUCAGCUCGAGCCCCCACGGCCACGAACCCUAAUUUGAUUCCGUAAUCAAUUCGACCUGAGGAAGGUCAGUCGAAGGUAGAGGAACGAUUCGGAUCCUAGGAGAAAUGGUCGGAGAUGAGGGAGACACUCCUGCUAGGUAUGAACUGUUGAGUAUGGUAAAGAAGCACUCCAAUUUAAUAGGGAAGACGAAUGUCGAUGAACAGGACGCUUCAGACAUCGAAAUGGAUCCAAAGUUCUGGCAUGAUGUUUUUGAUUUGUAUUUUAUCCGUGGGAAGGAGUCAAGGGGGCGGCAGGACGACGAUCUUAUAUUUUUUGUUCGAAAAAUGAGGACACAAGGUGAUCCAUUGAAUGAGAGUCCAGAUGGUGUAUCUCCCUAUUUCGUACGCAGGUGGGCUUCUGAGCAGUUGGAUAAGUUACUUGGUGAUAGUUCUGGUGAAGUGGACUGGAGGCGCUCCUUUUAUCUAAAUUUGAUUGCACACACCUCCUUUACUGUAACAGUUGCAAUUUGCAGUCAUGAAGUCCUUAGGAACCAUCAAGCAGGACAAGAUACACCACUGUCUCCAAUAUAUAAGGUUGUGAAAACUGUUUAUGCAUCUCCUAGUCGUGUCAAUUUCCAUUUGGACUCAAAAAAGGAAGUAGAGACAACACCUGCCUAUCCAGAUAUCUGUUUUGCUAUUGACGACUUUGACUCCACGUUUGAUGCAGUGGUCUUGUCAUCGACAGACCAUUGCUACUGUGUUCUACUAAAUGCUCAUGAUGGAGCAGCAUUUCCUUCCCAGAAGGAGCAAAAUGAUUGCAUUUCCAGUAGUGAUACUCCCCUGCGAAUUGAAGCGAGUUCUGGCAACUCCAAGAGCAGUAAGAUUACCCUUUUUUCAGGAUUUGUCAGCUAUCAAAUGGUUAGAGAAGCAUACAAUGCUGGAAAGUCUCAAUUUGGGAGCCUCUGGUCACUUGGCCAUUCACCUGGCAAACAAGAUCGGCUUUACAUGAAAGGACCUGGAGGACGUGGGGAAGUUGAAGUUGCUGUUUCUGGUGUUGUUGAAAAGGGAAAACGAAAAUCAUCGACUGGGAAGAGGAUUAGAUUGAAUAGAGGAUUCGGGAUUGGCUCAAUUGUUCGGAAAGCAGCAUCUGUGGCAUCUGUGGCAGCAAAGCAUGCGUAUGCUGCAGCCUCGGCCACCACUAGUCAUGAUGAUGAACUGAUGAUACCCCUAAAAUGCUGCUUGAUGUCUAUUUCUCUGCCAUGGGAACACAUUGCUUAUGAUCUUCUUUUCAAGGGAAAUCCUCCAGUGAACUUAUAAGCAUUCAGGUAAAUUGGACAAGGAAUACGCAUUUGCAAAGGAAAGCUUAAGGGGACCUAUUUGUAAGAGAUUUAAGAGUUGGAAACCUGCUAAAUGGUGCUUUCAGAAUUUAGGUCGCCCUCCCUCCCUCCCUCCCCACUUUUGGUCUAACUUGUUAUGUGUAGGAAACAAAUAAGUGUGGUCAUAGAUUAGUGGGCAAUCUAAAUUUGUAAUGUCAAGGGGAAAAAGGUAAUUUGCUAUUCCUAUACCUUGAUUAGUUGUUCAGUUGAAUAGGCUCAAUUUUAAAUUUGGGGGCAUUGUAAGACUGUUUCUGUGUUUCCCCUUGAGCGUGAGCUAUCUUUAAAAAAAUUGAAGACCAAAUAUUGGUCGAUUAGUAUUGAUGCCA